GCGCCGCCAUCCGGCGUCCGCCGAGCGCCCCGGCGCCCGCGUCGGACAUCGCCCGCUUCCUGGCAACUUGACGUCUUGACUUGAACUUGUUGGUUGAGUGACUUGGCCAAGUGUGUGCACAUCAGCUGGCGCAUGUCCAUCAGGGGCGACGCCGGUGCCGGUGCGCCUGAGAGGUCCGCCGCCGACAGCGAGGAGCCGACGGACCCGCCGCUGUCCGAGACGCCACCGACGGAGGCGUCUACUGCCGAGGCGACGCCGGCGACGCCGUCUCCCGGCGACGAAGCGGACGCUGACGACAGCGGCGGAUCGACAACGACUACUCCUGUCCGCGCCGACUACGCCGUCGGUCGGAGGGGCCCGCGGGGGCGCAGGCGAUCUCGAGGGCGUUCUCUGGACGCUCCUCCUUCUCCCAAGACGAGGAAGCGAAAAACAUCCACCAUUCCAGACGGCGAGUGGCUCCCGGGCACGUGGCCCGCGGGGCACGGCGGCGGCAGCGUGACCAGCGUCGGCGUGGGGGUGGGCGUCAUGGAGACGGAACAACUCAUCUCGGAGAUCGAGCGGCGGCCCGGCAUCUACGACUCGGGCUGUCCACAGUACCAGGACCGCGUGGCCAAAUGGACGCUGUGGUGCGAGGUCUGCGAGAUCAUGACCCCGCGCUGGCACCACCUCGACGAAGACCGCAAGGCCGCAAGGGUGAAAGAACUACAGAAAAGGUGGAAGUCGUUACGGGACUCCUUCAUGAAGGAACUGAAGCUACAGCGAGAAAUACAGCGCACCGGCCAAAUAGCCAACAGGAAAAAAUACGUGUUCUUCGACCAGAUGACGUUCCUGAUGCCCUGCCUUGAAGCAAGGGGGUCCACGCGCUCUGUCGGCGGCCUCGUCCUUCGGGAGGUGGACCCCUACGAGUCCGAGACGGACAGCUCCAAGGCGGAGCGUGACGGCGGCGACGCGGCGGACGCCAACGAGUGCCAAUCGGACGACGCGCCCGUCAACCUGAGCACCGCGAACGGCAGCGGUGUGCCUUCCCUCUCCGGCCUCGGCAGCCUGAGUGGCCUCGCCGGCCUCGGCGGUCUGAGCGCGCUGGCCAGCCUGGGGACGCACAGCGUGCUGGGCUCCGUGGCCACGACGGCCACCACGUCGGGUAGCGGCGGCGCCGGUUCGCAGUCGGACGAAGAAGCCUCCAAGCCGGCGCACCUGCUGACCACGGCCACGACCACCACAACCAGCGCGAACAGCGUGUGCGCGGCGUACGAGACCGGCCGCACCAAGUACAGGCCGGCCGCGUCGUCCGUGGGCCAGCCCGAGUGGAAGCGGCGGCGGUCCGGCACGCCGCUGGCCCCGUUGGGCGUCGGCAUGUCGUACGACGACGACGAGGACGACCCGGACGGCGACCGCCUGUUCAUGCUGUCGCUGGUGCCGUCUCUGCGGAACCUGCGCGGCGCGGCCAAGUCAGCGCUGAAGAUCGAGCUGGCCCAGCUGGUGCACAAGACGCUGUACGAGCCGGACGACGCGUUGGCCGACUCCAUGACGGAGUCCCUGGCGCCGGUCGUGAGUCUGGCCGAAGGCAGCCCCGCGUCCUCUACGCAGUCCGAGUGCGGCGCGUGCGGCACCAGCAAGUGCACCUGCCGCACGAAGAUGUCAUCGGCCACCUCCAACAACCACCCCGUGCCGCUGGCGCUUCCCCUGCCGCUGCCCCUCACCCUGCCGCUGCCCCUGUCGCGAGGCAUGCACAGCCCCAAGCGGGCGCGCCUCGGCAUUGGCGGCCUGGGGCUCGACUUCAGCAACUUCAACGGGCACAGCAAGGUGCACGGCGUCUGAGCCGGAGCGUAGGGCGUAGGGACGUAGGGCGUACGGCAAACCGGUACACUGGCGCCGCUUGAGUUUUUCUUUUCACCCACCUGUGGCUGUGGCUUCGGAAAAGAAACAGGGCGUGGAAUUGUUGUUUCAACCCGGAGCGGCGUGUAGAAUGCCUCGGAAACGUGUUGGACGUCCUGGCUUCAAAUCCCCCUCAUUUUUCCUCUUGAAUAUUGCACUGACUGUACACGUUGCAGACGCAUCUGUCUGUUCCACUUCCCUUAGGUUUUGGAUACGGCUUGCUAACCCUGUUGUCGACUAGCCCAUCUUUGGUUUUUAGCUAAAACCCAUUUUUUACUCCGCGAAAGGGAAAACUCAAUUGGUAGAUGGACAGUUUCCUGGUUGGCUUUCUUAGAUUUUCUGUUGAUCUCAUUGAGGCGCGCGGCGGCGCGAGGGGGCCUUACUUGUCUUAACGACCACACCUGUGUGAUAUAUGUGAUGUGUACUUUGUUUACUUGUUAUAGUUUGUAAAUUAUUACGGAUACUGGAAAUAGGGCAUCCCGACUUGCCACCAUGUUGCGAUUCAAGAAUAAUUUUCAUACAAAGUAGUAGAACUAUUUCCCUAGGUGUUCUCCUUGCUUAGAACCAUAUAUCAUAGUUACCAUAAAGUUUUGUUAUUUUUUUUAAAUGACAGACAAAAAGCUUUCUAUUCGAGCAGGAAUUUGAAGAAUAAAUUGUAACUUCUUGCAUAAGAUAGUUGUAAGAUAGAUGAAAUCUCACCCAGUAGACAACGCUGUUAAGAAAAAGAAUACGACAUUUCUGUGGAAUAAUAAUUAUUGUUUACUGUUUAUAUACCUGACUGUACAAAAAGAAGGAAACCUUGUAUAGAUAUUAAAGUUGACAUUUUCCCA